GGACCCAGUUGGCAGCUGCUUUCUUUGUGCUAGCUUAUGUUGGGUGUCUAGACUUGUUAAAAAUUUAUAGCAGUACCAUUGAGAGACUCUCUUCUCAUUUAUUAAAAUUCAGGUUUUCUGGUAAUUAGUUGUCCAGCUCGGUUCGUUUACGGUCCUCUCAUUUGUUAAGAUUCAAAUUGAGUAGUUGCUCGGUUCGUUUACGGUCCUAUUUAUUUUGAUUACGCGAAGGUUUGCGUUGCUUUCUGUAAUGGAUCAGAGGUUUCAGAUAUUUUUACUGGUGUUUUCCAUUCAAAUAUUCAGUAUAGCAUCGCAGGAUGAUGCUGUUCUACAAGCUCUGAGGAGUCAGUGGAAGAACACACCGCCAAACUGGGUAGGGUCUGAUCCGUGUCGCGGCAACUGGGACGGGAUUGAGUGCUCAGGUUCUCGUGUCAUAGCGAUAACAUUAUCAAGCAUAAAGCUGACUGGUCAGCUGCCUAGCGAUAUCGUGAACUUGUCAGAGCUGCAGAUUUUGGAUUUAUCAUCCAACCCAGGGUUGACCGGGUCUCUUCCUCUUUCAAUUGGCAAUCUGAAGAAACUGUCAAACUUAAUCCUGGCUGGAUGCAGUUUCACUGGUUCGAUUCCAGAUAGUAUUGGAUCUCUUGUGCAACUAAGAUUUUUGUCUCUUAAUACCAACCGCUUUAGCGGGCGUAUACCACCUUCCAUUGGCAAUCUAUUAAACCUUUAUUGGUUAGAUCUAGCAGAAAAUCAGCUCACAGGAACAAUACCAGUCUCCUCAAGGAGCUCGCCUGGUCUUGAUAAUUUGGUUAACACAAAGCAUUUUCACUUCGGAAAGAAUCAGCUAUCAGGUGAUAUACCAUCUCAGCUUUUCAACCCAAACUUGACUGUUCUUCAUGUGCUCUUUGAGAGUAACAAGCUCAGUGGCAGCAUUCCUUCUACUCUAGGAUCUGUCAGGUCCUUGGAGGUUGUACGCCUAGACAGUAAUUCGUUAACUGGAUCUGUCCCUUCAAAUCUCGACAACCUUUCAGGUGUUAAAGAGCUGUAUUUGUCCAACAAUGGAUUGACUGGACCCUUCCCCAACCUUACUGGAAUGACUUCUCUCAAUUAUGUGGAUCUGAGCAACAAUUCGUUUACUGCAUCGGCUAUUCCUUCAUGGUUUUCAACAUUGCCUUCUCUGACAACAUUAAACAUGGAAGAUACAGGACUUGAAGGACAAAUACCAACUUCUCUUUUCAGUGCUCAACUGCAGACUGUCAACUUAAAGGGCAACCAUCUAAAUGGAACAUUGGACCUUGGAUCCAGCUUUAGUGACCAACUUCAAGUUGUCGAUUUGCAGAAAAAUUCCAUCGAUGGUUUUAUAAACGAACCUAGAUAUACAAAUGACUUGAUACUUGUUGAUAACCCAAUAUGCCAGGAAUCAGGAGUCAGAGAAUCCCAAAAAUAUUGUAGCAUUUCUAAGCAAUCGGACCCUUUGUAUUCAACAGGACCUAAUAGUUGUGCACGUACUCCCUGCAGUUCAGAUCAAAUUUCCAGCCCGAAUUGUAAAUGUGCAUAUCCAUACAGCGGGACGCUGUUUUUCCGAGCUACUUCCUUCUCAAACAUUAUAAACCCAACUAUAUACACAUCUCUAGAACCUCUUUUGUUGCUUGCAUUCCAGAGUAAUCAACUCCCAGUUGAUUCAAUCUCUUUGAGCAAUCCAACCAGAAAUCUUGAUAAUUAUCUCGUAUUAAACUUGGAUAUCUUCCCAACUGGCACAGAUCGUUUUAACCACACAGGAAUUUCCGGAGUUGGUUUUGUUCUUAGUAACCAGACUUUUAAACCUCCUGAUACUUAUGGACCCUAUAUCUUCAUUGGCCACAGCUACAACUAUUUUGCAGGAGAAGGUUCUCACAAGUCGUCAAGUACAGGAAUUGUUGUUGGAGUAGUAGUUGGUGGUUGUGUCCUAGUGCUUUUAUUAGUCAUUGCAGGAUUAUAUGCUUACCGUCAAAAGAGAAGAGCUGAAAGAGCUGAUAAACAGAAUAAUCCAUUUGCUUCCUGGGACCCAAAUCAAAGCAGUGGCGGUAUUCCUCAGUUGAAAGGUGCUAGAAACUUCUCGUUUGAAGAGCUUAGGAAAUAUACAAGCAACUUUUCAGAAGUGAAUAAUAUUGGAUCUGGUGGCUACGGGAUGGUGUAUAGGGGAACUCUUCCUAGUGGUUUACUCGUUGCCAUCAAAAGAGCUCAACAAGGAUCUACACAGGGUGGCUUAGAGUUUAAAACAGAGAUUGAGCUUCUUUCUAGAGUUCAUCACAAGAAUGUUGUCAGCCUUGUGGGUUUCUGUUUUGAACAAGGUGAACAAAUGCUUAUCUAUGAGUAUAUUCCCAAUGGUACACUAAAGGACAGUCUUUCAGGGAAGACUGGAAUCAGAUUGGACUGGAUGCGACGACUGCGGAUAGCACUUGGAGCAGCUAGAGGUGUGCAAUAUUUACAUGACCUGGCCAACCCUCCGAUCAUACACAGAGACAUCAAAUCAAACAACAUUUUGCUUGAUGAGCGAUUGAAUGCCAAAGUUGCAGAUUUUGGCCUCUCCAAACCAAUGGGUGACGCAGACAAGGGUCAUGUCACUACACAAGUUAAAGGGACAAUGGGCUAUCUAGAUCCUGAAUAUUACAUGACACAACAGUUGACUGAAAAGAGUGACGUCUACAGCUUUGGAGUAGUAUUACUUGAAUUAUUAACUGCAAGAAAUCCAAUUGAGAAAGGAAUGUACAUUGUCAGAGAGUUCAAAAUGACAAUGGACACAACAAAAAGACUGUACAACCUUCAGGGAAUCAUCGAUCCUGUAAUCUCAGGCAAUGAACUGAUAGGCUUCGAGAGGUUUGUGGAUCUGGCAUUGAGUUGUGUGAAAGAAGCUGGAAUCAACAGGCCAUCCAUGAGCGACGUAGUGAAAGAGAUUGAAAAUGUCAUGGAACUGGCAGGCUUGAAUCCGAAUGCUGAAUCAGCGCAGACUUCAGAAAAUUAUGAAGGUAUAAGUAAAGGGUUCGAUCAUCCUUAUACCAAUGAUAGCAUGUUUAGUUAUAGCGGUACACAUUUUCCAUCAAAGCUGGAGCCCAAGUGAAAAUCAUUGAACUGAGGACAUGCUAGGUGUUGCUUCUUGGCUGCUGCACAUGGUGAAGAACUUGAAAAUUCAUUCAGAAUUCAUUAGACAGUUUAUAUUCUUUGGUGCCAAUGUAUUUCGAUCUUGUCCUAAAUAUGAGAUGGUUUUUUUAAUUUGUGUCUGGUCUGUAGAGAUAACAAGGGAAGAACAAGAUUGACAGGCAGAUUCUUUAUUGUCUUUGUUUGUAGAUUAUUAGCUUUGCAACAUCACUUGCAUGUAAUUAAUUUUCAGACAUAAUUUGUAAAUUACAAUUUACAGGUACAAAUGUUAGACAGAACAGAAGAAGAGUUUAUUUA